AUGGGAGCAGGCAAUACCAGUGAGUUGAGCAAAUUCUUCCUCGUGGGCCUCACCGAUGAUCCUCAGCUUCAGCCCAUCCUCUUUGCCCUCUUCUUCCCCAUCUAUGCGGUCACAGUGGUUGGAAACCUGGGCCUCCUUGUUCUCAUUACAGUCAACUCCCAACUCCAUACUCCCAUGUAUUUCUUCCUCAGCAACCUGUCCUUUCUUGAUUUCUGUUAUUCUUCAGCCACGGUCCCCAAAAUGUUGAUGGGGUUUUUCUCCAGUUGUCCAAGCAUCUCCUUCUCUGGCUGUGUGGUCCAGACAAGCUGCUUUUUGAUCUUUGCUGUCACCGAGUUCUUCCUCCUGGCAUCCAUGGCCUAUGACCGUUACGUAGCCAUCUGCAGUCCUUUGCUCUACCAUACCAUCAUGUCCCCAAGGCUUUGUUGGCAGCUAGUGGCUGCUAGCUAUGCAGUGGGCCUGAUGAACAUGGUGCUUCUCACUAGCACAACUUUUCGUCUGACCUUCUGUAAGUCCCAUGUUAUCACUCAUUACUUCUGUGACAUCCCUCCCCUUUUGAAACUUUCCUGCUCUGACACACAGAUCCUUCAACUUCUUCUCUUUGCCUGUGGUGGUUUUAAUGUGUCUGUGUCCCUGGCAAUAGUCCUGGCCUCCUACACAUGUGUCUUCUUGGCUAUCAUCCGAAUCCCCUCAGCCCAGGGCAAACACAAGACAUUCUCCACCUGUGCAUCCCACCUGAUGGCUGUCAGCCUGUACUAUGGGACCACAGUGUUCAUUUACUUGCGUCCUACCUCUGAGUACCUACUAGGCAGGGACAGGCUGGUGUCUGUAUUCUACACAGUGGUCAUCCCCAUGCUCAACCCCAUGAUCUACAGUCUGAGGAACAAAGAUGUCAAGGAAACAUUUGGCAAUGCUCUCAAGAAGAUGUCACAAUUCUUCUCUCUCCGUACAGCCAGAUUGCUAUGA